CUCUGAAGGUGCCCAAGCCGUUGGGCCUGCUCCAGCCGGGGCCGAGGAGGAGCUACCGUGCGCAGGGUCUUGGCCUAGCUGUGGCUUCACAGGAUGGGGCCACAGGUGCCCUCGGCCCCUCCUGUCCUCUGGGUCCUAGGGUGCCUUGCCUUGUUCCUCUGGCUGUGGACACUGUGCACAGCCUGCCACAGGAAGCGGGUGCAGAGGUCGCGGGCCGGGCCCCAGGGCUGUGUGAUGCCAGUGGAAGUGUCACUGCUGAGACAACACCACCUCUGCUCCCUCAGCAAGUCGGACACCAGACUGCAUGAGCUGCACCGGGGGCCAAAAAGCUGCAGGGCCCCUCGGCCUGCCAGCGUGGAUAUCCUGCACCCGCGAUGGCUGGAAGUGCCCAGAGGCACCAGCAGACCUCUGACAGCCUUCUCACACCGGGAACUGCCCCGGGCGACGCCUGCUACCACCUUGCCCUCCAUCUGCCCCGAGGCCACCUAUUCCAAUGUGGGGCUGGCUGCCCGCCCUGUGGUGUGGGCAGGGGCACGGCUGACCAGCAGCCAUGCCAGGCCCGGGCCUGAGGCCGGACCCAGGGUGGCUGAGUAUGCCUGUAUCCAGAAGCUCGAGGGAACAGAUCAAGGCCCCCAAAGCCUCAGGCAGUGGAAGGCCGAGGUGACCCCAGCUGUUCAGGUGGACAUCCUGUACUCCAGGGUUAAGAAGCCUAAAAAGAGGGACCUAGGACCUGCCACAGAUCAGCUGGACCCCAAGGGCAGAGGAGAAAUUCCGGCUCUGGGAAGUGACCAGGCCUACGAGACCCUCCCACUCAGGGGCCUAGGCAUGGAUGAUGGCCUCCCAGACAAUGUGUACGAGACUAUCCAGGAGAUGGGGGCCCCUGAGCACCCGGAGCCCUCUGGCUGUAGCUAUUAGCAUAAGAAAAGAGGACAGAGGCAGGGCAUGGGGGGCUCCCUGCUUCCCCAGUUUCAGCCCAGAGAGGGGCAUCCAACCCCCAUCUGCCUUGAACAACCAAGUAUAGACGGUCCUCCUUCCAAAGUGGUGCCCAACGCCUAUUCCCUGCCCCUCCCCCCACAGCUGGCAGCGCAAAGUUCAGAUCCCAAGGCUUCUAGCCUGUGAGGUCCCUGGGGGUCCUGGCCCCCAUGGCGUUUUGGCCUUUCCCAAGAUCUUAAUAAACACCCAGCACAGGAUGAAUACAGCCGUGCCUCGCAGUCUGCUCUUCUUGAAGACCGGGAAGGUUGUCGGGGAUUGUCUAGAAGGACCCUCCUGCCUGGGGUGCCUGGGCCCUGUCACCUGAAGCUGUGCUUGGCUGGUCAGUUUCAGAAGACGGUGUGGUGAAGGGAGGCAAACCCCAGGAGUGGCGGUCCCCAAGCUCAUUUGGUCUCAGCGGGGGUUGCAGCCGGCCCUCAAGCUGGCCGCCCCAGGGUGGGACUUGGACCCUGAACACUAGAGAGGGCCUCGCCACGCAGCCCCUGGUGUUACAUAAGGUGUGGGGGUAGGU